AGAGAGCAAGAGCAGCUUCACACCGACAUCAGAGCGAAUCUCUACCCAGCUUCAGCAGAGAGACUUCCCAGCCUGAUACAUCUGAUCGCAUCCCUGAGAAGACCACCGCAGACACACUUCUCCACAUCAGCUGCUUCGCCUGAAUAUUUCAGCACUGGUUCCUGAGGGUCUGACAACAUGGCACCUAAAGGAGUGGCCAUCGGCAUUGACCUGGGCACCACCUACUCCUGUGUGGGGGUUUUCCAGCAUGGCAAGGUGGAGAUAAUCGCCAACGACCAGGGGAACCGCACCACCCCCAGCUACGUGGCCUUUACUGACACCGAGAGGCUGAUGGGAGAUGCUGCCAAGAACCAGGUGGCUCUCAACCCCCAGAACACCGUCUUUGAUGCCAAGAGGCUGAUUGGCAGGAACUUUGAUGAUCAUGUGGUGCAGUCUGACAUGAAGCACUGGCCCUUCCAGGUGGUGAGUGAAGGAGGAAAGCCCAAGGUCAAAGUGGAUUAUAAAGGAGAGAUGAAGACUUUCUGUCCGGAGGAGAUCUCCUCUAUGGUUCUGCUGAAGAUGAAGGAGACAGCAGAGGCGUACCUGGGCCACCCAGUCACCAAUGCCGUCAUCACCGUCCCAGCCUACUUCAAUGACUCUCAGCGCCAGGCUACCAAGGAUGCCGGGGUCAUUGCUGGACUCAAUGUGCUGAGAAUCAUCAAUGAGCCAACAGCAGCAGCCAUCGCCUACGGCCUGGACAAAGGGAGUCGCGGAGAACGCAACAUUCUCAUCUUCGACCUUGGAGGUGGCACCUUCGAUGUCUCCAUCCUCACCAUUGAUGACGGCAUCUUUGAGGUAAAGGCCACAGCAGGUGACACUCAUCUAGGUGGGGAGGACUUUGAUAACCGCAUGGUUAACCACUUUGUGGAGGAAUUCAAGCGCAAGCACAAAAAGGACGUUAGCCAAAACAAGAGGGCCCUGAGGAGGCUGAGAACAGCCUGUGAGAGAGCCAAGCGCACCCUGUCCUCCAGCACCCAGGCAAGCAUUGAAAUUGACUCUCUGUUUGAGGGCAUUGACUUUUACACCUCUAUCACCAGGGCCCGCUUUGAGGAAAUGUGCUCUGAUCUCUUCCGUGGUACCCUGGAGCCCGUUGAGAAAGCCCUGAGAGACGCCAAGCUGGACAAAUCACAGAUUCAUGAAAUUGUCCUGGUGGGGGGAUCCACACGUAUCCCCAAAGUGCAAAAACUGCUGCAGGACUUCUUCAACGGAAGAGAACUGAACAAGAGUAUUAAUCCAGAUGAAGCCGUGGCCUACGGGGCUGCUGUUCAAGGUGCUAUCCUGAUGGGGGAUAAGUCAGAGAUUGUGCAGGACCUGCUCCUACUAGAUGUGGCUCCACUUUCCUUGGGCCUGGAGACAGCUGGAGGAGUCAUGACCGCCCUCAUCAAACGCAAUACAACCAUUCCUACCAAGCAGACCCAGACCUUCACCACCUACUCGGACAACCAGCCUGGUGUCCUCAUCCAGGUGUAUGAAGGUGAGCGAGCCAUGACCAAGGACAACAACCUCCUGGGCAAAUUUGAACUGAGUGGCAUCCCCCCUGCUCCCCGCGGUGUGCCACAGAUCGAAGUCACCUUUGACAUUGACGCCAAUGGUAUUCUGAAUGUAUCGGCUGUGGACAAGAGCUCCGGCAAACAAAACAAGAUCACAAUUACAAAUGACAAAGGUCGUCUGAGCAAAGAGGACAUUGAGAAGAUGCUGCAAGACGCAGAGAAAUACAAAGCUGAUGAUGAAGCACAGCGAGAGAAAAUUGCUGCCAAGAACUCUCUAGAAUCUUAUGCCUUCAACAUUAAGAGCACGAUGGAAGAUGAGAACUUGAAAGGGAAGAUAAGUGAGGAGGACAAAAAGCUCAUCUCUGAGAAGUGUAAGGAGACCAUCGCCUGGCUGGAGAGCAACCAACUGGCAGAGAAAGAGGAGUACAGCCAUAAGCAAAAGGAACUGGAGAAGGUGUGCCAACCCAUCAUUACCAAGCUGUAUCAGGGAGGCAUGCCAGAAGGUAUGCCAGGUUCAGGCUGUGGUGCUCAAGCCAGGCAAGGCAGCAGCUCCGGACCUACCAUUGAGGAAGUGGAUUAAGAACUUGGACAUUAUAUACAGUA